CGAGGCGUGUAUUCGAUGCGGACUCGCUUGUAAACAGUAACAAGAACUGUAAAAUACGCUGCAAAAAUACAAAUAUUACGAAAUCAUUUCGUUUAUAACACAACAAAAACGUAUAACGACACCGAAUAAAGCCGCUUAAAGCGCAAACAUCCUCCGUUAUAUAUUUUUAUUUUCCAUUUAACUUUGUUUUUGUUUUUAUUUUCGCCGGGAAAACGCCGGUUCGCUGUAAUUCGUGUGAAUAGGCAAUAACAGUGCAAUCCUUUGUUCGGUAACAUUUACAGGACUCACAAUAAAGGACAGCGUUCGUGUUUUAUUGUUAUAUUUUGUUGAUCAUUCUGUGUUGACACGUGUUUUAUCGAUCGCGUUCUCGACUCGACUGAUUUAAGGAUUCAUAGCGGACGCGUGUUGGAGCGCAUCUCGAACAGGUACUUUAUUGAGCAAAUUAUUGGGUUCCGUCGACAUCAAUUGUGAAUGCGUAAUAACAUCAAUAACAAUUGAAGCAAUAUAUAAAGAUAAACUGUUCUGUUUGAUCUGGAGCCGUUGACUUGUGUGGAAACAAAGGCUUAGUUAGUUAUAAGGUGAACGUUCGUGCAUAGCCAUACGACCGAGAAACAUAAGAUAUUGUGGUACCAAGCGAGCGGACGACGCUCUGGCCGGCGACCAUGAAUUAGAUAUCGCCGCGUACGAUAUCAAACGUGAGUUAUGGCCAGCUUCUUUUGUAAGUAGCUGAUCUGCAAGCAAGAAUUAUUAUUAACUACGAAGACAUGACGGGAUGCCGGUUUCCUGAAGAUGGCCUCACGCACCCCGUCCCUUGAGUCGCUGCCCGGUGCCAACUCUAUAGGUUCGCUGGAGCGUAGCUCCUUAUCGCCCUUAACUUUGAGCGGAUCCUCGCCUCCUGCGAGUGACUCCGCCGUAUGUGACCUUCGUGAAUUCGACGGCCUCGACACCACCUGUGCAAUCUGCCGAGAAACAUUCGUCGACCCCAAAGUUCUCAACUGUUUUCACACAUUCUGCCGUGGGUGCCUGGAAAGGGAACAAACCCACCCCGAUAAAGUAACUUGUGUAACUUGUCGCGUAGACAGUCAACUACCGCCUGCAGGUAUACCUGGACUAUUAACGAACCUUGUCAUCGCCGCGGCUGUAGAGCAGGACGCUGACCUUCUGCCAACAGCCCGCCAAACUAACUCUCCUUCAGCCCGCUGCACCGGCUGUAAAUCCAAGGAAUCUGACGCAGUAGCACGUUGUGUUGAUUGUGCAAACUUUCUUUGUCCAAACUGCGUCAUGGCACACCAAUUCAUGCAUUGUUUUGAGGGCCACCGCGUGCUUGCCUUCACAGACUUAAAAGACGAUAAGGGGAUGCUUAGCUCCACACUUACAACGAGCGGAGAUAAGACAGCAUUUUGUCCGAGACACAAAAAUGACAUCCUUAAAUAUUUCUGCCGCACUUGCUCCGUGCCGGUUUGCAAAGAGUGCACCAUUAUAGAACAUCCGGCCGCUUUACACGAUUGUGAACAUUUAUCAGAUGCAGGCCCUAAACAGUUAGAACUGAUGCAACAAGCUGUUAAUGAAGCCAAAACUCGAGCUACUGAAAUAAGGCACGUUGUCAAGACCGUCGAACAUGCUGCGGGAAAAUUACAAGUACAGUAUCAUAAAGCUCAAAAUGAAAUAAACGACACGUUCCAGUUCUAUCGCUCUAUGUUAGAAGAGCGUAAGCAAGAGUUAUUAAAGGAACUUGAAAGCGUAUUCUCGACGAAACAAAUUGCCCUAACCGUUGUUGGGCAAAAAGCUCAAGAGACGGUUGACAAAAUUUAUCAAACAUGUGACUUCGUCGAGCGACUGACAAAAUGUGCAAACAUCGCUGAAAUCCUAAUGUUUAGAAAACUCUUAGACACUAAAUUGCAAUCGUUAAUGAGCACUAACCCAGAACAGAGUGUUCAAACUGCAUGUGAACUGGAAUUCGUUUCCAAUUACCAAGCGAUACAAGUUGGUGUCAGAAACACCUUUGGAUACGUGCGUUCAAGUUCUGAAGCGAAUGUGGGUCCGACCAAGCAACCUCCUAUUGCGCGACCCACGAACGGAUUACUGUUAAACGGGGGUUCGUCUUCAAGUAGCAGCAGUGUUAAUGGAAGUUCUGGUAGCUUAAAUGGUGGCAUACACCUGCCUACAGGCCUCAAUGGUGUUUUAGAUCGGCCUUACACAAACGGAUUACUUGGUCCCACUAGCCAAUCGACUUCUCCAUUCGACUCAAACAUUAUCUCGAAGAGAUUUAAUAGCGCUAAUACGCUCGGUCCUUUCUCCACGGCUAUUGGAGAUAUUAAUCUGAAUGGAAUCAAUCCAUACGAAAAAUGGUCAAAUGGUGGAUGUGACUCUCUUUUCCCACCAGCUAAUAAUGAUCCUUACUCGCUUACAACUACCUCGCACACCGAUCCUAUUUUGGAUUUGACGAACAAGUUGAUUUCCACUGCCAUUUUCCCGCCAAAGUCUCAAAUUAAACGUCAAAAAAUGAUCUAUCACUGCAAAUUUGGUGAGUUUGGGGUCAUGGAGGGUCAGUUUACUGAACCAAGCGGUGUUGCUGUUAAUGCACAAAAUGAUAUCAUCGUAGCUGACACCAAUAACCAUAGAAUUCAAAUAUUUGACAAAGAAGGCCGUUUUAAAUUCCAAUUUGGCGAAUGUGGCAAACGCGAUGGUCAACUUCUGUACCCGAAUAGAGUUGCAGUAGUACGUACUUCAGGAGAUAUCAUUGUGACUGAAAGGUCCCCAACGCAUCAAAUUCAAAUUUAUAAUCAAUAUGGCCAAUUCGUACGUAAAUUCGGCGCAAACAUUCUUCAACAUCCACGUGGUGUGACAGUCGAUAACAAAGGAAGAAUUGUAGUUGUAGAAUGCAAAGUUAUGCGCGUCAUUAUCUUCGAUCAAGUCGGUAAUGUGCUUCAGAAGUUCGGCUGCUCUAAACACCUUGAAUUUCCUAAUGGAGUCGUUGUCAAUGAUAAGCAAGAAAUAUUUAUUAGUGACAACCGAGCGCACUGCGUCAAAGUUUUCAAUUAUGAAGGUAUUUACUUACGCCAGAUUGGUGGAGAAGGUGUUACUAAUUACCCCAUUGGAGUGGGCAUUAACGCAUCUGGCGAAAUUUUAAUUGCUGACAAUCAUAACAACUUCAACCUAACGAUAUUUACGCAAGACGGUCAACUCGUGUCGGCGUUAGAGAGCAAAGUAAAACACGCACAGUGCUUCGAUGUGGCACUAAUGGAUGAUGGUUCCGUCGUCCUCGCCAGCAAAGAUUAUCGGCUAUACAUCUAUCGCUAUGUCCAAGUUCCGCCUAUAGGCAUGUGAGCCACACGAUCUAAUCACAGAAGAUCGAACUGACCGACGAAAUUUAAGCCAAAAAAUCGACACUCUAAGACAUAAAUAAAUAACUUACUACAAUGUUUAACGGUUCUGGCCAUUUGUGUCAAUUUUUAAAUAGGUGAAGUGACGAUACUGACAAAUGGAACUACAAGGUUUUGUAAGUGCGAGUGCUACACAGAUUGCGGCUGUCUCGAUGUGAUCAAAAGACUAUCUAUGGCAAUCCUCUAAUAUUUCGGCGUGAGAUCUCUGAAUGCAUUAUUUGUAAACGAAACUGUAAUGAGAUUAGUUGUAGUAUUGACAUUGUUAUAUGAGUACCUAUUUCAAGAAUAGAGAUUAUUCCGUUGGUUCAAUCCAGUAAAACGAAAGGUUCUCGACCCUUAUCAUUUUUUGAUCUAUUGAAUAAUAUUUUUUCAUAUCCCACAUCGUUAAAUUAGGGAUGAAUAUUAAGGGCGUUUGUAUUAUUUAGCCCAUUUGUUGGACCAAUAUUUUAACUAUUAUUACUUAAAAAUUGUUAGGCGUUAAGCGUGUGAUUUUAUUGUAAUAAGAGAGCAUCGAGCGGUAUUGUUGUUAGUUUUAAGUAUAUUCUUCGGCACAAUGGCACUUCCUGUUUUUAAUUAGCACUUAUUCUGUGUCGAUGGAAACAUGAUUAUGAAACUAAGUAAGAAGUUGUUACAUUAUUAUUAGAUAAGUGUUAAAUUGAUUGAGCUAAUAUGGACAAUCUUCAGUUACUACCCCUUUUAAUGUAGUUACAAAAUUUAUAGAAAUGUGAUGUUAGGGGUUUUAUCAAUGACAAAGUUGACUGCGGCGUUCCUUAGGCAUGUGCAACGAUAGGCCUCUUAGUAGAUAUUACUAAAGCCUCAUUGUUGACUCGAAAACCAAAUUACAUUCAGCAUCACAAGAUGGCAGUGUACGAAAAUGUUUUAUAGACCUCAGUCAGUUUCAAAAGUUUUUAAGUUUCGCCGGUCUUUUGACUAAAGAUAACCUUGAGUAUUAUAAAGCAUUUUAGAGUAACUAAUAGCGAUGGUUGUAGUUUUUUAUUCAUGGAUUAUUGGAUAAUUGUUGAAAGACAGUUUUCUCUAUCUCGACCGUUGACGUCAUUACCGCCUAGUCACUGAGAGCCCACGGACCCAUUAUUCCUCAAUUUCGUUGUUUUAUUUUAACGAUUAGUAACUUUUGGUUUAUAAUAAUAUUAUUCGUUUUUAUACAAAUCUUAGUACGUAUUUGAAUGUUUUUUUUACUAGUAAUUGGACACGGUAGUAACUAGUAGAGCACUUUAGCAAAUGGUCGUCUCGCUAGAAUUUUUUAUUACUGAUAUUUUUUCUGAGAUUUUAAGAAGGUGGAGCACCAUGCGCUUGCGCAAUCUGCGUUAUGCUACUUACUGGAGUAUUAAAGCUUGCUCGGUAUACAAAAUAAUUAUACAAUUUGUUAUUCUGGUAAGAUAUUUUUUAUAUGAAAACAACUUUAUUUUUGUAGCAGUAGUAUUAUACGGUGCAUGUGUAACGUUUACUUUCUUUGUAUUUUAUUAAUAUUAUGCUAUUUUUUAUUAUUAUUUUUUUAUUAGAUUACCGUGUGUUUGAGUGUGUUAGCAGAAUUAUUUUAGUUCGAUUUCAUUAGUUUUGAUUUUCUUAGUGAAUAAUGAUUUUUAGUAUUUUUUUCUGAAUCUAUGACAAUAAAAGAUCUGAAGCGAUCCGCUGCUCCAGGAUCGUAGAUCCUUUCUUAAUUAUUGAUCUGCAUAAGUUUAUCAUUUAGUUUAUGCGUUACAAUGUGGUGAUAUUCCUAUGCUCCUAAAUAAAUGAUUUUUGUUUUAUGUUUACACGCAAAUGCUUUGAAAACACGUCAAAAGAUGAUCGCGUCUGUUUGCACCAUUUGUUCGUUUGCAAUACCUGCUUAACAUGUGCCAUAAAACCAUGUUGUGAUUUAAUAAGUGAUAUUUAGUGUUGUUUGUAAAUAUGUAACAUAAUCUGCUGAUUUAUUAAAUUUAAUCAUAAGUAAACAAACCGAUUAUAAUCUAUGGUUUCACCGGUUCUACGCGUUAGUGCAAGAUAUUCCGACGUACAAAAAUGAAUAAUAAAUUAAUUUACAAGAUAUAUGAACUAAUUACUACAUCAUCAUUUUCGUUACAAAAGCGUCUAAAAAUUUCGAUGUGGAUAAAUUUGCACUAACCGUAGAACGACUAAGAUCAAACUACCUUUAUGAAUUAAUAUAAUUUUUCUGCACUUUGCAACCCACGGUGCAUUCUGCCGCUAAUCAUAAUGACGUGUUUUCGACAGAAUUAUCCAUAUAAAUCAUAAAACACUAGAUUAGGUGAAGUAGACUUUAUUAUCCAAUCGUUAGUAUCCAAAUUUCAGUGAUGACUCGCCAAUGAUUUUAUGUAUAGACUGCUCUGUUCCUAGUAAAUUAUUAUCUUUCUUAAGAUCGGAUAAAACGUUUUAUUUCACUUAAUCUACUGUGAUAAUACAAUAAACUGUUUGUAAGCUGUAAUAUUAUUGAUUUUUUUUGCAAUUACAAUGCUUUACUUCAGAUUUUUUGGGUGAAUGAAUGUUAGUGCUAUACCUUACACUGAGGUUGUUAAAUGAUUUUACGAAUCAUUCGAUAUCAAUUUAUCACCCUCAAAAUCUGAUGUUACGCUAGAAACCUUGGGGUUUUCACACAUAUUUGUGACCCCAUCUCCAAAAUGUCAUUCGCUAAUUCUUCGAAUUACAAUUCCGUGAUUUUAUCGAAUGUACAAUUUUGGUUUAAACAUACGCUUCUACUUAAUUGAAAAUUUUCAACGUAUUAUAUUUAUAUUAAGUACCUAUAGUAUAGUGUAUGAAAUUUAUGUAAGGAUGUGCAAAUUAUGACAACUGCUCCUUUCAAAUUAAUAGUAAAUCUGUAUAAUCAGUUGUAUUUUAUUUUUAUAUUUGACAGUAAUGAGUUUUUAAUUAACCUGAAAGGGUAAUUUAAGUUUUGUUUAAUUUACAAUUUAAUUUACAUUCACAAUUAACUUUUUAUUUUGCAUAAUAUAAUAAGAAAUAUGAUUUUGUAUUAAAAAACAAUUCAUUCUUAAAAUUGCAUUUCUAAAGCUCGAGGACUGAUUAAAUUUGAAACAUGUUUUGUCUUUAAAUAUAUUUUGUCGAUGUUUGUUGUUAUAAUUAUUAUAUUUUUUAAUUAUUUGUAUAAACAAUUGUUCUUUAAAUUAAUGUACGUCGUUUUGUUUUGAAUUAUUUUUGUUGUAUAAUUGCUUUUUUAUAAUAAUACCAGUUCAUUGCAGUUUUAAUGUGUGUUUUAUUUUAUUUAUUUUUUAUUUGCCCGAGUAGUAUUAUAGCAUUCUGACUCGGUCGGAACUAUUUUAUUUACACUAAACUAGUUUCGACUGAAUGAAAAAAGAGUUUGUGCUCUUGAAUCUUAUAAUGAACGCCUAGAACUGAUUGCGCCUUAAAGUUUAAAGAUCUCAAUAAACGAACUAACUUCAAUGCACGUAAAUCUUUUGAAAUAGCCUUAGUCAUAAUAUUAGGAAACAAAUUUCUAAUGGAUUCUUUAGCACAAACGAGUGUGGUGAUAGGUCUUAUGAGUGUGUGUUAUGUACAUUUUUGGAUUCAUGUGUGUGUGCAUCUUAAUAAGACUUCAUUUAAAACAGUUGGUGUUGGGGAACAAAUGUUGGCAUGAAAUUUGUAAGUAUUGCUGUAGAAUUAAUCGUUACACACAUAGAGAAGCACCCAUCCUAAAUUUGCUCCUCUAGUAGUAUUUUAAUUGCACAGUACAUAAAAAUGCUUCAUAAUUACCAAAUAGAUUAAAUUUUGAAAUUCGAAUCAGCACUCAAUGGCGCAGAGCCUCAGUGAAUUGGGCGGUAGUAGUCUAUACUUUAUUUUACACGAUAUCUUUAAACUACAUAUUCUUAUGAAUGUAGGCUAUAAUUCUACGAGUUUAAGAUCUAUUGUAUUCUAAAAUAAGUAAAUAAUAUCCCGAUUAAGCUUUACUUUUCUACGAGUGUAGAUAAUGAAACCGAUUUAGGAAUUAACGAAUCCAAUACUCCAUUUCCCUUCAGCAGCACUGCUUCUAAGGUUACAAAUAAAUCGCUAACCAAAAAAACCACUAUUUCCAAGUCAAUUACUCUAGGGAACAUUUUACUACUUACUAGCACCUAUUAGUAAACGUAAGCACGAC